UUAUUUCAGCCCCUCGGCUGCAUUCCAUUUGCUGCUUUGAAUGGAAACAGCGGCGAGACGAUUCUUUCGAGUAGAUCGGGGGUUUUCUCACGUCUUGCGAGUAAUGUGUUUGGGAUCGGCAGGAGAAGAGUUACUUCAGACUCUUCCCCCCGCGCAUCUUAUGCAUUGGAGGAAGUUCUGUUUGAACGGGAGGAAAGCAGAAGCGAGGCAAGCCGGGGUUCUACUCACUUUGGGUGGAGCUGGCAGUCCAAAGGCGCUGUUAAAGAGGCGCGCAUGUGUAGCCACUCCUUGCAGCAGAGGCUUUCUUACGCUGAGCCUUCACUGUAACUAACAUUCGGGGAGGAAAAUUGGAGAAAUACCGCUUAAUCCUUGAGAAAGAACUUUCUUGUAGAGGAAAGAAAACACUGUGAUCUUUCUUUUUGGAAAACAAAGAAACUUAACUGCUUGGCGGCAAUUUUUCUCACUGAUUCCAUCUAACCAGCUAGAGCUUCCUUAGAUUACUUCUCUCACCUGGCUUCUAUCACAGCCAGAGAGUUUGCUCUGCUCACAGUACACCUUGCCCAGCAGUCAAGAUGAUGCAGAUCUGUGACUCUUACAGCCAAAAACAUUCCCUCUUCAAUGCAAUGAACCGCUUUAUCGGAGCUGUUAACAACAUGGACCAAACAGUGAUGGUGCCCAGCCUUCUUCGGGAUGUGCCCCUCAUGCUGGAUGAACUGGAUUCAGGGGGUGGUUGUGGAGAAAGGGAGGCCCAGGUGACCCCCAACGGCAGUACCUAUUGUUCUUGCAGAGAUAUGUAUAGCCACUAUAUGCUGCUCAAGUCCAUUCGCAACGACAUUGAAUGGGGUGUGCUGCAGCAGGCAAAUGAGGAAACCACUGGAAGGAAGAAGGAAAAGCUGAAUGGAAGCCCUGGCGCCAUGGACAUUAGCCGCGGGAUUCCUGAAGAUGAGGAGGUGGAGGAGGAUUUAGAGAAGCAAUUUCAUUAUCACCUGAGUGGGCUGCACACAGUGCUCUCCAAACUUACCCGCAAGGCCAAUGUACUUACCAACCGCUACAAGCAGGAGAUUGGAGUCAACAACUGGGGACACUGAAUCAGGGAGGGGGAAAGUAUAGCCUGCCUGCCUGUCUGUUGGGGUGAGAAGUAAAAUCAGAAACGGGGGAAAUAGGCAUUUGGAAAGGGCUAAGGAAGAAUGGAAGCAAGAAUGCAGUAUGUAUGUGUGAGGGAGAUGUAACUAAGUUUGUGAAAAAAAAUGUACAAAGGAGUAUAUCAAGGUCAGUAGUAAGCAUAGGAUGCAGUAUAAAAAAAUUGUGUCUUGGAGAGAAGAAUACAAAGAUAAGUAAAAAGGACUUUUCAUUCUAGAAUUUUACUGUUGACUACUAUAAACUUUUAGGGAGGCAGGGUGAUAAAUUUCUGCCUGGACUAGCAGGCAUAACUAGGCAGCCAAGUAUAAAGUUUCCAGAUUCUAAGGACUCAGAAUGAUGUAUAAUGGCCCAGGCCAGUUACUGAAAGAGUGCGUUUGUAAUUGCUGGGAAACUGCACAAGUGCAUGUGGUGGCAGCAAUUGUAGAGAUGAUUGUAUCACUUCUUUCCUAAUUUUGCACUAAUUUUGUAAUAUAAAUAUAUAUAUGUGUGUGGGUGUAUGUAUAUAAAGUCUUAAGAAUUCUCUGCAUGCUGUCAGAACUAUAGAUGUCUUAUUUUUUACCAACGCACAAAGAUGUACAUUAACACUAGUUAAAUAUGUUUUUUAAUAUAUAGGGUGAACAGUUAUUGUUCAUCUUUAGAUACAACACUUAUCUUUCCUUAUUGCAUACUGGUUUGCAUGAAACUGCAAAUAUGCCACUUAAAAUAUUUUUUGCAGUGGAUAGAACCAGUUAACUAAUGUGCACUCAUAUUUCAGUGGAGGGUAGAACCAGUUACCUAAUGUGCACUCAUAUUUCAGUGGAAAGAUAAAGGGUCCCAUUGUUGUACAUGUAUUGAAGAUUAUUUAAACUUUUUUAUUCAGAUGUGGAAUAUAUUCUAAAAUAAGAAAAUAUAUUGACUAAAGUUGAUGUAUGUUUGUAUACUAUGGCUCCACUUGAAUUAAAUGCUAAUGUUUACAAUACAGCAACUGUAGGUAUUCUUUACAGCAACUGAAAUUACUCUUUAAAUCGUUUAAAUCAACUUAAAUCAAAUUGAUUGUAGGAGCAGUAUAGUCUGUUCACAGCUCUUAUUCUGUGGAGCACAUGAUCAUUGCAUUAUAUUCCAAAUUAGACUGUUUAAUUCAUGUAUAUCCUGGCUUUCUUUGAUUAAAUUUAAAGUAAUGCAAAUAGGGCUUCUCAGGGCAUCUUCUGUCCAGGCGCUGCAUCUUCAGACCUUUAGCGAAGUAGCUGUAUCAUGUGUCUUCAGCCUAACCCCUCUUCUGUGUCACAGUACUUCUUAGAACUCAGUUAUGUUCCAUGAAAACCUCUAUGUAUAUUGGUGCUGUUGGGUUUUUUUUUAAAGGUAAAGACAACUCAAGCUGAACUCAACUCCUGUUUUCUUGAUAGUAGUAUGAAAGUGGUUUGUCAGUACCUUUUUCCAAGAUGUUUUUCAGACUACCUAGUCAGUCCUACACCCUUGGAAUUCCAUCCUACUCUCCCAUCCACAUAUUAAUUAGGUUCAACCUUGCUUGAUUUCUGACCCCAUGCAAAGUAGGCCAGAUCCUGUAAUUUUUAAAUCAGUACCCAUUUUGUAGUAGAUCAAAACAAGAUGAAAAUUAUUUAUGCACCCCCAAGGUUUACAAGAUUACCUAUCCAUAUUAAGGAAUUGUUUUUCAAACAGUAUAUACUUCAAACCUUGUUGUUUAAGAAGGUAUCUAAAUUCUUACUAAUACUUAAUCAAAUUUAAAUUGCCAACAUUUUGUAUGCUAUAGAUAUUGUGGGUAAAUGUUUUAUCAGAUGUAACUUAUUUUACAGUCAAUGCCAUUCUUUAAGUUUAAAUUAAGAUUUUAUUUUUAUUGUCCUUGAAAUAAUACUAAAAGAAUAGGCAUAGUUAUUUUUCCUUCUAUCUAGACUGGACAGCCAGUCCAGAGUAAUUAUAUUAAUAAGAUCCUAGGCUAAUCCGCAAUCCUCUUAGACCUUCUUUAUAUAGUAGGCUUAUCGAUUGGUCCUUUCAAGGGUACCUUUAAAUGAUGAUGUUACAAACCAUACAAUUUUAAAACAUAGAAAGGUAGAUAGAAGAAUGCAACUAUACCUUUUUCAUCUUUUUUUUUAAAAUGGUGUACUACAGUAUUGCAUAUGCACUACACUGGGUUACAUUAUAGUUCAAUGGAGGGGAAAAGAUGAAGGGUACAAACUGCCCAAAGCUAAGUGAGAGGUAAACAUUAGUUUGAGAAAAUACAUUCUUUAAAGAGCUAUUUCUAGAUUACUUUAAAAAUAAAAUGGUAUAAAAUGAAACCUAGAUUUCCUGUAAACAUAUUUUUAAAAAAUUGAAUGAUCCACCAGGCCCAUUUGACUUACAGGAUAUUUUUCCAUGUAACUGAAACAAGUCAUGCAUUCAUUUUAUUAUUUUUGACACUCUACUGGAUCCAAGAGCAAGCAGAUUAGAGACUGGAUCCUAAUCUGUAUGUCACUAGCAUCUUGAUACUAUUGUCCUGUUUAUGGUUGUGUGUCAUCAGCCCAAAUCUUUAAAUGUCUUUCACAAAGCUUUUUUAUGCUAAGUAUUGUCUGCCUGGAAUAUCUGUUUAUGAAAUUAAUUCCUUUUCACAGCCCACAAAAUCCCAAGAAAACAUACAUAUUAAAAUUACACAACAAUAUUUAUAAAACUUUAUUUAUAAAAUACAUAAUUUAUAGGUUUUCCAAGUAGAAGGGCUAUAACUGGUGACCUGUGAUGGCUUUCCAUGAAAUACAUCCUUAAACCUGCAAUUUUGUACCCAGUUUUAAAGGAGAAAGUCCUAUUAAACUCUGGUAUUACUUUUAAAUUGGCAUGAUCAUGCUAUCGGCCUUUUCUUGCCUGGAAAAAUACUCAUCAUUACUAUUUCUUAAAAAAAAAAAGGGUAAUAUGUUUUUAAACUUAAACUUUUAAUAAUUGACAGGAGUUCAUAUUUACCUUUGUAUUUCAAGCUAAAAAUGUCAAGAAUAGCGCAAAUAAUUCUAUCAAGAUCAGUCUGGUUAUAAUAGUACAUCACUGGGACUUGCGGCAAGUAUUUUCUCAUAUUUGUGCUAAGGCCCAGUUUCAGUAAUUGACAUCCUUGAGGAAUUGCUCUGGCAGGAUGGUAGGCAAGUGUAAUCCAUUUUAAUUUUUUCAUGAUAUCCUGGCCAUUAUGUAAGAAUUUUAAGUAAUUAUUUUACAUUUCCUGGAGCAAAACUCCAUUAAGUAUUCCAAGAUAUUGUGAGAAAUGUGAAAUGGUAGUUCAUAACCAUCCAUUACUCCUUCAGGUAAGCUGUUCCCAUAGAGGAAGGUCCAGCAUAGAAGUAAAUCUAAGAAUGCACUUAAUUAAGGAUUCCAUUUCUUGGGAAUCCUUAUGUACGUAAUAUAUCAUAGGAACAUAGGAAAAUCCUUAUGGCAAAAUCUUGUCUACUCUGGUUGUUUAUGGCUUUUAACAUUUAACCAACAAAUUGGAUAUGCCCUUAAUUGACCCUGAGAGAUAUGCAUGAAAAAGGGUGUGAUAUACCACUGUGCUAUGGUCCCUCAAAGUACCCUCCUUGGAGCAUAUUCAAGAUGCAUAGGUUGAGGCAACUUCACAAUUUCAGUUCCAGGUCUUGGGAUUAUUUUUUAUCUGUGCAUAUAAAAACAAUAAGGUUUUUUUAAGUCAUGGUAAGCAUUUCAAAACUGAAACUGCCAAUCCCAUUCACUAUCAUAAGGGUAAGUACAGUGGAACUCAGUAGGACUUCUAAGUAACCAUGCAUAUAAAUGCACUAUUAAUCAGUGAAUUGGCAUGUAUAGAAGGUCCCCUGAAUUGUUCUCAGAUUUGAUUAAAGAGUCUCUCAUACCUGUUUCUGCUGCUAAGUUACUUUCAGUUGUAACACUCUUCAACCUAUCUCCCUGGCUGCUAAUCUGAUACUAAUAAUGCUGUUGUCCAAAUAAACUGUUUCUCUGUCA